AUGCGCUCGCCGAUAACCAAUAUCUUCAACGAGUGGCAUGACAAUGUCCAACUGCUCACAUGCAACGGAAUUCUGUUAGUUAGAUUGGCUAAGCUGCUCGAACAGCAACCGUCCAUUGACGGCGAUCGUUGCGCAGCGUUUUUGACCGCAACGCAGGUCACCCGUAGUUGUGUCGGGUUGGUGUGGAGGCGUUUUAAUUCAAAACAAAUCAAGAUACGCCAUCCUAUGAGAGGUUCGAAGUUCUCGCGCAGAAAUACUGUCCCAACCUCAGUUUCAGAUACAAUCUGUUACUGCGAUGGCGAACGAGAAAUUGGAACGAUGGAGCUAUUCUGUUCCGGUUGCAACAAAUGGUUCCAUGGGAGAUGUCUGAAAGACCUUAAGGACUUUUAUGGGCUUAGUUUCAUGGUUUGCUAUGUUUUUCAUUGCAAAGAUUGUAGUCCCACUGCUAUGGAAACUUGGGUUGCUAAACAAGCAAAUUUCAGUCAUAUGUGUGUGACGGUAUUGGCUAAUUUAACUGCUGAGAAACUGAAGCAAGACGGUUUUCAGAAAGCAGGGGAACAUGUCUAUUUCAAUCUACAAGAAACAAUAAUACCAUAUUUCGAUGCCAAUUGGGAGAAUUUAACAUCGAUGCCUCGCAGAGUGAAGAACACUUGGCAUACAACUUUACAAAAAACGUUGAUAAAGGACACUGAACUUUUCAAGGUUAAUCCUGAGGAUGAAAACAGUUUUGCUCUCAUGGAAACGAAUCUCGCAGACAUUGGACCGGUAAAUGAAUUCGUGAAGCAGAUUGGAAAAAAGAGCAACAGCGGCGAGAAGAAUAAUUUGGCCUCUACUCUUGUCGGAGCGCAACAAGGAAUGGGCAGAUCUUCUGGCGCUGAUUCUGAUGUGGAUGGUGGUCCGAAAACUCGUGGCGCCUCAAAACGACGUCACGUAGACACUAUCGGAACUGGAAAGAAGCCGAAACUUGCCACAGACUACUCGUCUUCAAAGAUUGCGGCUUCGGAUGGAUCGGGACCAAUUGACUUUCCAUUCAAUAAAGAAGGUUACCGCUACUUUUUGGUAGAGAGGGACCCGAACGUAGCUGACAGAAUAAAUAUGGAAGAGGAUGACAGCCUUACCCCAAGGAUCAUCCCACCCUAUUUAUAUCGGCUUCACCUGCAACGAUCUGUUUCGAUUUCACCAAAUGAUCGUGCUCAUGAGCUGCGAGUAUCGGACGAUCAGUUGACUGUGACAGGAUUUGAAGGAUACCGUGUUGCUCGUGCCACACAUGCGGUUUCUAAAGGUACCUGGUAUUUCGAGGUCAAUUUCCUGAAGCAGCCGGAAGACUCGCAUAUUAGGAUUGGAUGGAGUCAACCUCUCGCAGUCGUGCAGUCUUGCAUAGGUUAUAACAAGUUGUCAUAUAGUUGGCGAUCGUUAAAGGGGACAAGAUUUCAUGAUGCUAUCGGAAAGAAAUAUCAACUUGGAGGUUACAAGGAGGGCGACAUUCUUGGGUGUCUGAUACAUCUUCCUCAUAACCGUGUUAAACCAGGACCGUCUAGUCAGUGGCUACCUUCUUCAUAUAAAGAUCUACCGCUUAUCAAUUUCAAGCAUAAUUAUUUUUAUGAGAGUCAUGAUGAAGUGGCAGAUGUUUUAAAAAACCUCGAAACUUUGAAAGGAAGUAGAAUUGAGUUUUUCAAGAACGGGAGGUCUUGUGGUGUUGCUUUUACCGACAUAUAUAAAGGGUUCUAUCAUCCGGCGGUGUCACUCUUUAAAAACGCUACCGUAAGAUGUAAUUUUGGACCGAAACUGCACCAUCUACCCGCUGGUGCGCAGCCCAUGAGUGCAAGAGUAGAUGAACUUUAUGUGGAACAAACACUUAGUGAUUGCAUGUUCAAUGCUCUGCGUGGAGUAACACACAAAAUGAUGAAGGUAGUCCCAGUAAGAGCUCUCGAGGACAAUUACAUGUACCUUGUGUACAGUGAGAAAGACUUGAGAGGGUUUGCAGUUGAUCCUGUUGAACCGCAAAAAAUCAAGACUGCGGCAGAACAGUACAAGGUGACAGUCGCAGCGGCACUGGUGACACACCACCACUGGGAUCAUGCUGGUGGUAUGGACAAAUUCUGCAAAAUUUGGCCCGCGGACAAAGCGGAAGUUUAUGGAGGAGAUGAUCGCAUCGAUCAUUUAACACAUAAGGUUGAACAUGAGGAGAAAUUCAAAGUUGGUGAAAUGGAGGUAGUCGCAUUCAAAACUCCUUGUCAUACAAAAGGACAUGUCUGCUACUAUGUUACACAUCCUGGUGACAAUAGCGGAAUUGUACUCACAGGCGACACCCUGUUCAUUGCUGGUUGUGGAAAGUUCUUUGAAGGCUCUGGCGCUGAGAUGCAUCGUAAUCUAAAUGAGAUUCUCGGCAAACUUCCUGAUGACACACAGGUUUACCCAGGACACGAAUAUACUCUCAGCAAUCUCAAGUUCGCCCAUCACAUUGAACCCAGUAACGAGAAUGUGAAGACUAAACUUGAUUGGGCCGCAAAACUUCAGGCUCGUAACGAGCCUACUGUUCCUUCAACCAUUGGCGAAGAAAAGGAAAUAAAUCCUUUCAUGAGAACAUGGGCUCCAGAAAUUCAAAAGAAAGUUGGCGCCACUGAUCUAGUGGAAGUUAUGGAUCGUGUACGACAAGCAAAAAAUAGCUUCAGAGGUAUGGCAGAUUCCGGGGAUGUAUUGGACGAUUUGGAUAUUGCUCAAGGAGCAGUUUUAGUAAAGUCCUGUGAGGUCCCACAAGAUGCAAUAGUAAUCCGCGGUUACGAUUUUAAUAAUGGUAUCGAUUUUUCAAAAUUGAUGGCUUCAUACCUAUCAACCGGCUUUCAAGCUACUCAUCUUGGAAAAGCAAUAAUGGAAGUUAAUGCAAUGUUGGAUGCACGUGAGAAGGAGCAGACUGAAGAUAAGACCGCUCACUUCUUUCCAUAUCCGGAACAACGUCCCAUUCCGGCUUGCACCAUAUUUCUUGGAUACACGUCAAACCUAGUCAGCAGCGGUCUCAGAGAGGUGAUUCGGUUUGUGGUACAACAUAAUCUUGUCGACUGCGUUGUGACAAGCGCGGGUGGAGUCGAGGAAGAUCUUAUUAAAUGUUUGCGACCAUCUUUUUUGGGUGAUUUCCGCAUGGAUGGCAAGCAGCUACGUUCUCAAGGAUUGAACAGAGCUGGUAACAUUUUAAUUCCUAAUGACAAUUAUUGUGCGUUCGAAGACUGGCUGACGCCAAUUUUGGAUGGAUGCAUGGAAGAACAAGUCGAAAGUGGAUUCAACUGGACACCUUCUAAGCUCUGUCAAAGGCUGGGCGAAAAAAUCGAUAACGAAGAUUCUAUACUUUAUUGGGCUGCUCGGAAUCAUAUACCUGUCUUUUGUCCAGCCUUAACAGAUGGAAGUCUUGGUGAUAUGUUGUAUUUUCAUUCCGUUAAGCGUUCUCCGGGAAUUCGUCUUGAUAUUGUAGAGGACGUGCGUCACAUCAACACCAUGGCUGUGAAGAGUUCUCGAACAGGAGUUCUUAUUCUAGGAGGAGGUGUCGUUAAACACCAUAUCAAUAACGCAAAUUUGAUGCGAAAUGGCUCUGAUUUCACCGUCUAUAUCAACACCGGCAUGGAAUUUGAUGGUUCCGACUCUGGUGCUCAACCGGAUGAAGCAGUCAGUUGGGGAAAGGUAAAACCUGCUGCUCAAGCAGUAAAAGUUUGCGCGGAUGCUACGCUGGUGUUUCCACUGCUUGUUGCUGAAACGUUUGCGAAAAGGGUGCAUAAGAAGAAUUAA